GAGAGAGAAAAAUGGAGAGAAAGCUUUCAUCCAUUGGUUCAAUCCUCAAAUGCCUCCUAAAGCCAGGGCUGUGCCAGGUAGAAGCCAGGAGCCCAGGGACUCAAGCACUUGAGCUAUCAUCUGCUUUCUCUGAGCACACAUUAGCAAGAAAGUAGAUUGGAAGUGAAAUAGCUGGGGCUCAAGCUAGGCAUCCUGAUAUGGGAUGUAGGCAUCUCAAGCACAGACUUAAUUGCUGUGCUCACUGUUCCUGUUUAUACAAUUUAUUUAAAUGAAGUAAUUUCUUUCAAAAUCAACUACAAACCGAUAAUAACCAAAUAAUGAUGGUACUUGCAUUAAAAAAGGUAAUAGACCAAUUGGGUAGAAUACGGUCCAGAAAUCCAUCCCUGCACUUAUAGUCAAUUGAUUUUCAACAAAUGUGUCAGGAACACACAAUGGGAGAAAGGACAGUUUCUUCAACAAAUGACUUUGGGGAAACUGGCUGUACACAUGCAGCAGAAUAAAAUUGAGCCUUUUUUGUAUGUAUCAGGAAACAUACAAAAACCAACUCCAAAUAGUUAAAGACAACCUUAAGCAGUGAGAGAUCAAAAUUACCAGAACAAAAUAUAGAAGUGUAAUAAAUGGCAUUAAUUUUUCUUUAAACUUUUUUUUGUCUUUUGGUAAUAAUAUUAACAUACUUUCCAGGUAACACAACAUUUCCACAAUGGUUGGUCUUUAUGGAAAAUCUUCCUAGCUUGUCUCUUAGCUGGUGUGAUAACAACAGCAUUUGGAGUACUCAUAAUGUCCUUGGUGUACAAUGGGAGAAAUAACAAUACUUCCAUUGUUAUUCAAGUUCCUCAAAGCCAAGGGACAUCCUCAUCUACUACUGGAACAUCUACAAGUUCAAAACCUGUAGCCACCACUACAUCUACCUCAACAUCCACUUCAACUCAGCCUACUAGCACAAUAACAAUGGCAGGUGGCUCAACAGAACCUACCAGCAGAGCAACCAUCACUAAUACUACAACUGAAACUACCACAGCAGCAGCCACCACUUCCACAAAAGAAACAAGCAGCCAAAACAAUUCAGGCACUACAACAAGCACAAGCACAUCUACAACCACAGAGGCCAGCACUACUGCUUCAACUGGGCCUACUACAACAUCUGCUUCUGGCAGCACUGCUUCUACUGCACUAUCUAGUACUGCAACUCCUGAGACAACAGCAACUACAGUCACUUCACCUGAAACUACAACAUCUACUUCCAGCACCACUGCUUCUACUGCACCAUCUAGUACUGUAACUCCUCAGACAACAGCAACUACAGAGACAACAGCAACUACAGUCACUUCACCUGAAACUAAAACUUCUGCUUCCAGCAGCACUUCUUCUACUGUACUCUCAAGUACAGCCACUCCAGAGACUACAGCAACUACAGUCACUUCACCUAUAACUACAUUUGCUUCCAGAACCACUACUUCUACUGCACCAUCUAGUACUGCAACUCCUGAGACAACAGCAACUCCAGAGACAACAGGAACUCCAGAGACAACAGCAACUACAGUCACUUCACCUAUAACUACACUUGCUUCCAGCACCACUGCUUCUACUGCACCAUCUAGUACUGCAACUCCAGGCACAACAGCAACUACAGAGACUAAGGCAACGACAGUCACUUCACCUGAAACUACAAUAAAUGCUUCCAGCAGCACUGCUUCUACUGUGCCCUCAAGUACAGCAACUUCAGAGACUACGGCAACUACACUCACUUCACCUAUAACUACCACAUCUACUUCCAGCACCACUGCUUCUACUGCACCAUCUAGUACUGCAACUCCUCAGACAACAGCAACUACAGAGACAACAGCAACUACAGUCACUUCACCUAUAACUACUUUUGCUUCCAGCACCACUGCUUCUCUUGCACCAUCCAGUACUGCUACUCCUGAGACAACAGCAACUACAGUCACUUCACCUGAAACUACAACAUCUACUUCCAGCAGUACUGCUUCUACUGUGCCCUCAAGUACUGCAACUCCAGAGACAACAGCAACUACAGUCACAUCACCUAUGACUACAUCAGCUUCCAGCACCACUGCUUCUACUGCUCCAUCUAGUACUGCAAAUCCAGACACAACAGCAACUUCUGCGACAACAGCAACUACAGUCACUUCACCUGAAACUACAACAUCUACUUCCAGCACCACUGCUUCUACUGUGCCCUCAAGUACAGCAACUUCAGAGACUACAGCAACUACAGUCACUUCACCUGAAACUACAACAUCUACUUCCAGCACCACUGCUUCUACUGCACCAUCUAGUACUGCAACUCCUGAGACAACAGCAACUACAGAGACAACAGGAACUAUAGUCACUUCACCUGAAACUACAACAUCUACUUCCAGCACCACUGCUUCUACUGCACCAUCUAGUACUGCAACUCCUGAGACAACAGCAACUACAGAGACAACAGCAACUACAGUCACUUCACCUGAAACUACAACAUCUACUUCCAGCAGCACUGCUUCUACAGUACCAUCUAGUACUGCAACUCUUGAGACAACAACAACUACAGAGAGAACAGCAACUACAGUCACUUCACCUGAAACUAAAACAUCUGCUUCCAGCAGCACUGCUUCCUCUGUACUCUCAAGUACAGCUACUCCAGAGACUAAGGCAACGACAGUCACUUCACCUAUAACUACAUUUGCUUCCAGCACCACUGCUUCUACUGCACCAUCUAGUACUGCAACUCCUGAGACAACAGCAACUACAGAGACAACAGGAACUACAGUCACUUCACCUGAAACUACAACGUCUUCUUCCAGCAGCACUACUUCUACUGUUCUCUCAAGUACAGCAACUUCAGAGACUACGGCAACUACACUCACUUCACCUGAAACUGCCACAUCUACUUCCAGCACCACUGCUUCUACUGCACCAUCUAGUACUGCAACUCCUCAGACAACAGCAACUACAGAGACAACAGGAACUACAGUCACUUCACCUGAAACUACCACAUCUACUUCCAGCACCACUGCUUCUACUAUGCCCUCAAGUACUGCAACUCCAGAGACAACAGGAACUACAGAGACAACAGCAACUACAGUCACUUCACCUAUAACUACACUUGCUUCCAGCACCACUGCUUCUACUGCACCAUCUAGUACUGCAACUCCAGGCACAACAGCAACUACAGAGACUAAGGCAACGACAGUCACUUCACCUGAAACUACAAUAAAUGCUUCCAGCAGCACUGCUUCUACUGUGCCCUCAAGUACAGCAACUUCAGAGACUACGGCAACUACACUCACUUCACCUGAAACUGCCACAUCUACUUCCAGCACCACUGCUUCUACUAUGCCCUCAAGUACUGCAACUCCUCAGACAACAGCAACUACAGAGACAACAGCAACUACAGUCACUUCACCUAUAACUACUUUUGCUUCCAGCACCACUGCUUCUCUUGCACCAUCUAGUACUGCUACUCCUGAGACAACAGCAACAACAGAGACUACGACAACUACAGUCACUUCACCUAUAACUACAUUUGCUUCCAGAACCACUACUUCUACUGCACCAUCUAGUACUGUAACUCUUGAUACAACAGCAACUACAGAGACAACAGGAACUACAGUCACUUCAUCUGAAACUACAACGUCUGCUUCCAGUAGCACUGCUUCUACUAUGCCCCCAAGUACUGCAACUCCAGAGACAACAGGAACUCCAGAGACAACAGCAACUACAGUCACUUCACCUAUAACUACACUUGCUUCCAGCACCACUGCUUCUACUGAACCAUCUAGUAUUGCAACUCCAGGCACAACAGCAACUACAGAGACUAAGGCAACGACAGUCACUUCACCUAUAACUACUUUUGCUUCCAGCACCACUGCUUCUCUUGCACCAUCCAGUACUGCUACUCCUGAGACAACAGCAACUACAGUCACUUCACCUGAAACUACAACAUCUACUUCCAGCAGUACUGCUUCUACUGUGCCCUCAAGUACUGCAACUCCAGAGACAACAGCAACUACAGUCACUUCACCUAUAACUACACUUGCUUCCAGCACCACUGCUUCUCUUGCACCAUCUAGUACAGCAAAUACAGACACAACAGCAACUACAGAGACAACAGGAACUACAGUCACUUCACCUGAAACUACAACGUCUUCUUCCAGCAGCACUACUUCUACUGUUCUCUCAAGUACAGCAACUUCAGAGACUAUGGCAACUACAGUCACUUCACCUGAAACUACAACAUUUACUUCCAGCACCACUGCUUCUACUGCACCAUCUAGUACUGCAACUCCUGAGACAACAGGAACUACAGUCACUUCACCUGAAACUACCACAUCUACUUCCAGCACCACUGCUUCUACUGCACCAUCUAGUACUGCAACUCCUGAGACAACAGCAACUACAGAGACAACAGGAACUACAGUCACUUCAUCUGAAACUACAACGUCUGCUUCCAGUAGCACUGCUUCUACUAUGCCCCCAAGUACUGCAACUCCAGAGACAACAGGAACUACAGAGACAACAGCAACUACAGUCACUUCACCUAUAACUACACUUGCUUCCAGCACCACUGCUUCUACUGCACCAUCUAGUACUGCAACUCCAGACACAACAGCAACUACAGAGACAGCAGGAACUACAGUAACUACACCUGAAACUACAACAUCUGUUUCCAGCAGCACAACUUCUACUGUUCUCUCAAGUACAGCAACUUCAGAGACUACGGUAACUACAGUCACUUCACCUGAAACUACAACAUCUACUUCCAGCACCACUGCUUCUACUAUGCCCUCAAGUACUGCAACUCCUGAGACAACAGCAACUACAGAGACAACAGCAACUACAGUCACUUCACCUGAAACUACAACAUCUACUUCCAGCACCACUGCUUCUACUAUGCCCUCAAGUACUGCAACUCUUGGGACAACAGCAACUACAGAGACUAAGGCAACUACAGUCACUUCACCUGAAACUACAAUAAAUGCUUCCAGCAGCACUGCUUCUACUGUGUCCUCAAGUACAGCAACUUCAGAGACAACAGCAACUACAGUCACUUCACCUAUAACUACAACAUCUACUUCCAGCAGUACUGCUUCUACUGUGCCCUCAAGUACUGCAACUCCAGAGACAACAGCAACUACAGUCACUUCACCUAUAACUACACUUGCUUCCAGCACCACUGCUUCUACUGCACUAUCUAGUACUGUAACUCCUGAGAAAGUCACUUCACCUGAAACUACCACAUCUACUUCUAGCACCACUGCUUCUACUUCACCAUCUAGUACUGCAACUCCAGAGACAACAGCAACUACAGUCACUUCACCUAUAACUACAUUUGCUUCCAGCAACACUGCUUCUACUGCACCAUCUAGUACCGCAACUACAGAGACAACAGUGACUACAGUCACUUCACCUGAAACUACAACAUCUACUUCCAGCACCACUGCUUCUACUGUGCUCUCAAGUACAGCAACUUCAGAGACUACGGCAACUACAGUCACUUCACCUAUAACUACAACAUCUACUUCCAGCAGUACUGCUUCUACCGAGCCCUCAAGUACUGCAACUCCAGAGACAGCAGCAACUACAGUCACUUCACCUAUAACUACACUUGCUUCCAGCACCACUGCUUCUCUUGCACCAUCUAGUGCUGCAACUCCAGACACAACAGCAACUACAGAGACAACAGGAACUACAGUCACUACACUUGAAACUACAACGUCUGUUUCCAGCAGCACUGCUUCUACUGUUCUCUCAAGUACAGCAACUUCAGAGACUACGGUAACUACAGUCACUUCACCUGAAACUACCACAUACACUUCCAGCACCACUGCUUCUACUAUGCCCUCAAGUACUGCAACUCCUGGGACAACAGCAACUACAGAGACAACAGGAACUACAGUCACUUCACCUGAAACUACAACAUCUACUUCCAGCACCACUGCUUCUACUGUGCCCUCAAGUACUGCAACUCCAGACAUAACAGGAACUCCAGAGACAACAGCAACUACAGUCACUUCACCUGAAACUACAACAUCUACUUCCAGCACCACUGCUUCUACUGUUCUCUCAAGUACAUAACUUCAGAGACAAUAGGAACUACCGUCACUUCACCUGAAACUACAACAUCUACUUCCAGCACCGCUGAUUCUACUGCACCAUCUAGUACUGCAACUCCUGAGACUACGGCAACUACAGUCACUUCACCUAUAACUACAUUUGCUUCUAGCAUUACUGCUUCUCUUGCACCAUCUAGUACUGCAACUCCAGACACAACAGCAACUACAGUCACUUCACCUGAAACUACAACAUCUACUUCCAGCACCACUGCUUCUACUGCACCAUCUAGUACUGCAACUCCUGAGACAACAGCAACUACUGAGACAACAGGAACUACAGUCACUUCACCUGAAACUACAACAUCUACUUCCAGCACCACUGCUUCUACUGUUCUCUCAAGUACAUAACUUCAGAGACAAUAGGAACUACCGUCACUUCACCUGAAACUACAACAUCUACUUCCAGCACCACUGCUUCUACUGCACCAUCUAGUACUGCAACUCCUUAGACAACACCAACUACAGAGACAACAGGAACUACAGUUACUUCACCUGA